AUAUGUAACAACUGAAGCCACCCACUCACCAACCCUUCAUCUGCCAAGGGAAUCUUCAAAGGAACUGAGCAGUAAGUGGUUGUCAUAUAAAGUGUUCAGCUGCAGGCACAGGUCAGAAAGCACAAUCAAGUGUUUUCCCUCACACCGAGCAUACCUUUCAUAAACAAGAUGAAGGGGAAAGGGAAUAUUCUUAUAAAUCCAAUUAUAGCUGCAGCCUGUUGGAGAUGAAGCUCCAUAAAAAUCAGUCCAAUUCAGAGAGGAUAAGUUUGCUGAGGAUGCAAACAGAUGGGGUUUCCUCUAGAACUUUCCAAUCUGUGAAUGUCACAUUGAAGAGUUUGCCUGGAGGAAAACAACCUAAAGGUGGGAUUUCCAAGCCCAUCAUCAGAGGAGGACACAUGACCCGAACACUCUCGGCACUAUCUUGUCUACCUCGCCUCUUCUGGCUCUGGGAGACAUCGUCACAUGUGGGUGACUUCUACGCAGAAGCCAAUAAAAUCAGAUCCUUCAAGAACUCACCACUCUCAGAGUCCAAGCUCUCUGCUGAGUCUGCCAGCUUUUCUCCCAUCUCCCAUGCCUCCCAUUCCGCAGCAUCUCACCAAAUAGGCUUCCUGCAGAAAAUGCCACUCUCCCUUCCUCUGGCUUCGCUCACCUCAGACCGGCAGUGUUCCUCAGGAGUCUUCUCCAUAUCGCCCAGAGCAAAGGGUCAUCCCCACCUCGUGUUCCCCCAGAACCAUCUGACCGCAUUACACAAGUUAUACUUGCUUGCUUACAGAUGCCUUCUUCUCAGAACAGACAGGCCAGUGUCAACUAAGUCCUCAUCACCUGUCUCCUGCCUCCACCUGUGGCCCCCCCUCCUAUCACGGUGCCCACCACUGUCUCAUCUUAGGGACACAGUCCUGACUGCAGUCUUGGGUGAAAGUGUCUAUGUUUUGGACCAUGCAGACCUUGCAUCCCCAAAAGUUCUGAGCGAGGAGUGGGUCCCCAGAAACCAACCCAGAGGCUUGGAGAAAACCCAGAGUGAAUUGGAAGAAGAUGUGCCCAGCGCUGUCUCGGCACUGGAACACUAUCUUGUUUCUGGGACGCCUGUCUGGGUGUGGCCUUUUUCCUUGAUUUCUGAGCCCUGUGGAGUCUCCAGAGGCCUCCAUGAUCACAGGCUCCUGGCUCUUACCCUGGUCGAGUCCCCCCACACACACACACCCCUGAAAUCAGGCUGACUCACGUGACCAGAAGGAUUUCAGAAGGAGGGAGCUUUGCUCCCAAGAUGGGACAUAAAGACAUGACAGAUUCUGCCUUGUAUUUUUUUGACUCCUUCCCCCAAGGGGAACCAGUCACCGAUGGGAAGACUCCAGGUAGCCUCGCGGAGACACCCAUGGAAGAGGAGCUUGUACCCUUCCCACCCCAACCAGCACAACUUGGGGACACCUGGGAAAUGGAUGCUCCUGUCAAAAUGGAUGUUGUCAAACCUUUGGCCAACUGCAGACCUGAGCAAAAACCACCCAGCAGGCCAUUUCCCACCCAUAGCAACUGUGUGAGAUAAGAAACAUUUGCUGUUGUUUCAAGCCACUGAAUUUUGGGA